GGGGCCUUUCGCGACGGGGUGGCGGAAGUGAAAGCUGUGCUGGGAGAGAGGGCGUCGCUUUACGGCCGCUCGGCGGAAUGAGCGUUUUCGACCUUUUCCGAGGCUUUUUCGGCUUCCGGAGGACCCCCGACCCCUUUUGGGGGAAUUUCACCCGGGAUGAUGAGGACGAUGAAGACGAUGAGGACGAUCUGGAUUUUCAGGAAAACCAAUUUUUCCCCGACGGCUUCAGUUUCGGCUUCACUUUUGAGCCAGGCGGGAUUCACUUCCAUGACCAAUUCGGUUUCCAGGAGCUCUUCCGGGACUUUAACCACUUCUUCAAUGACAUCGGAACCCGGAGUCUGCCUCCCCCGUCCUUUGAAUUCCCUCGUUUGGAAUGCUGCCCGCCACCCUCCGCCCCUCCUGCUGACAAGGGACAGACCCUCCGCAAUUCGAUGCUGAAGUUCCCGGACAGCCCAAGGCCCAGCGCAGACGAGCGUCCGAACCCCCCCAUUUCGGGGGGACGGCCUUGGGCCCCUUUCCAAGGGUUUCAAGAGAGCCAGUCGAAUGACCCCGAUCUGAAAAAUUCUCGCAAAGAGGACGGAGAUCUCGAUUCUCAAGUGACUUCCAGAGGUUUGCAGGCCAUCCUUCCUCCCGCCCAGUCCCGGUCGUAUUUCAAAAGCGUCUCGGUCACGAAAGUGAUGGCGCCGGAUGGGACGGUGGAGGAACGCCGGACGGUGCGGGACAGCCAGGGCCACGAGGAGACGGUCGUGACUCGGAGCUUGGCCCCUGACGGCAGCCUGCCGAGAGCCCCAGGUGAUCCGGCUCCGUUCAUCUCCGGCCCCGAAGGAGACCUGAGUGACACGAGUUCGAUUCUCAACAGCUUUUUCCGCCGCUGGUUCCCGAACCAAUAAUUCUGCUGGCAGAGAGGCAGGUUUCUGUGCAUUUCCUGAGUUCGCUUCUGUCUCCUCUUCCUUGAUCAUCGUCUUCGUAGCUU